AACAAAUGGGUUCUGAACGUCACUUCAAUCCCGCUCUUCUUCCUCUGGACCCAAUUAACAAUCGCCUCCCUCCUCUUCGUAAUAUCCGACACGCUACGCAUCCUACCCGACCGUCUAACAUUCGACCUGGAAACAUGUAAAGGCCUCGUCCCAAUGGUCGGCUUGAACGUACUCGGUUUAAGCUUUAGCAACUACACCCUCAAAUACGUCGACGCCUCCUUCUACCAAGUCGCUCGCGGCCUCGUUCUCCCCUUCACAGUCUUCACCUCUUUCAUAGUCCUCCACUCCCGCCCAUCCCUACGCAUCCUCCUCACAUGCGGCGUCGUCACACUCGGAUUCUUCAUCGGCGUGUUCCUAGAUGGAACACCCAUCUCCCUCGUCGGUGUCUUUUUCGGUGUCGCCAGCUCGGCGAUCACGGCUACCCAUUCCGUGGUUAUCAAGCAAAGCCUUAACGUCGUUAAUGGGAGCGCGCUUGCGCUGUCGUGGUAUACUAACUUGUUGAGCGCUAUUGUGCUGCUGCCGCUUCUUGUUCUGGUUGGUGAAGGUCCGGAUGUGGAGCUUUUGGUCAAGGCUGGUGCUAUGAGUCCAUUGAGGACAUUCCUUUGGGGAUCUCUGAUCACUGGCAUCCUUGGAUUCAUGAUGAGCUUCGCCAGUCUACUUUCCAUCAAAGUGACAUCCCCAAUCACUCACAUGGUAUCCUCAGCCGUUCGCGGCGUACUUUCAUCCGUUCUUGGAAUGUGGAUAUUCCACGACGUUAUUACAGGGGGCCGUGCCUCUUCAAUAGCUACCAUUCUCUUCGGCUCCCUAAUGUACACCUGGGUAAAACAUCAAGAAUCGCAGCCCGCUUCCAACUCUUCAAGUUCGAAAGACGCAUAUGACCGACUCAAGAUGGACGUUGAAUCAAUGGCGGAGUCGAAUCCCAGAUAG